GACACCUAGGUGCAUAGUAAAUAAAUGGCAGGUAGACUACCCCGUGGCCCUUGGGGACUCGUGGCCCAGGGCUGGUAUACUCGGCAUUGGUACUGUCAUGAACAACCGCCCGUCAUCUGGGAAACCUGCUCGUCAUCUUUGAUUGUUGGUGCUCUGCCUUUGUGCAGCCAGCCCCCCCCCUGGCCGCCCAGCCAAGUAUCCGCAAGUACGUACUCCGUUCCUUCCACGCCCCGCCCUGAAUUGUUCAAUGUUGAUCUGUUAGGGCCCCCGUCUGCUGCCCACGGCCCCUCCCUGUUGCCCGUGCCAAGCCCCAGUUACGCAAACCCCAUCGAAGCUUUCCACCAGGGCAGCCAGGUCGAGCUUGCACUCUGCACCCUCGGGUCCUCUCUUGUUGGCCUUCCCUACUUUCGAACCUGCCAGGCCCCCGAGGCGAGACAAGCCUGACCAGAUAUCUCUCUCUCGAGGCCGUCUGCCGUAAAUAUAUCCCCUCCCACCUGUGUCCAUCCUGGUUCGUACUUGACCUGCACUGCACGACACUGCAUAUUUACACAUGUACAUGGCCUGCUGCAGGGCCGCGCAUUCAACCUCCCCGACAUAUCUUUACCAGCAUUUCUGUGCCGAGAGGAGGAGCACGACAGGCCUGGUCUCUCUGGCCUCCCUGUGAAGGACAGGAUCGAUCAGUCAGUGCCAUCUCGUCCGAGGCAGACCCAACCCUCUCGCCUGAACCGGGCACCACCACCACGGGUCUCGAUCGCUGAGCCUGCAGCUUCUCGGCGGACCCACCGCCCACCCUGCACGCCUGAUUUCCCGCAGAUCCCGCAUACCGCAAGCUUCCAACACUCAACCCGAGACUGAGACACCCCCACAACGGUAUCCUCCUGCUCUGUCCUGCAACCAACACCGUAGUUUGUACCUGGUCCCCUGCACCGACCAUGAGUCUCGCCAGCACCGCGCCGCUGCAGAGCGGCUCGUCGUCCCAACCCGCACCGGCGCUCGCCGAGCCGUUCGAACCCAAGUCGCAGAAGGCUGAGAAGGUAUGGACCGAGGCCGCUAGAGGGGCUGCUGGGGAGGGUGCUAAUGAGCCUGACAAGAAAAAUAAGAUGCGAGGGCUGUUUGGGCUCGGCAAGAAGAAGACGGACGAGCCCCUCAAGGCACCCUCAAGAUCGGAUCCCGCUGGGAAUGCUGCCAGUGGCUCGAGCAGCCAGACCAGGAACCCCCCGACGCGACAAUCUACCACCUCGCCCAUCCACACCCCCUCCUCCCCAGGCCGCGGCGCUUCUUCCUCCCCGAGACUUGCGUCGCCCGCCGGCAGCCAGAUAUUCGAGCGCGAUGUCCAGGAGGCCGCCCAUGUCCCCAACUCCCCUGCGAUUCCGAGCCACAUCAUAACCGAGAACCACGUGCCCCCCGUCCUUGAUGAUGCCUCCAAGGCCAUCACUGAUGACCAUCUUGACCCCGACUCCGUAGAAAUCAUCACCCACUCGAGCCAUCAACCCGCCGCUGUGGCCGUCACCGGAGCCCAAGACCAUCUCUCCAACAGCUGGCAGGACGACCUGGCCUCCAGCCUGGCCGCCUCGGACUUCAGGCCAGUCCACGAUCACGCCGAUUCUGGCAGCAACUAUGGAAGCCUGGACAACGUCGACAUCCGUCGGCUGAGCUUCAUCAGUUUCGCAGAUGUCGUCCAGGCCGAGCACCAGGGCCAUGCCGGGCUGGGAGGGUCACGUGAAUCAAUCCACCUCGCGGGUCUUACCAGCCUCUCCUCUGUGGGUGGCGGGGUGAACCGAUCACCGUCGCCCAUCCGCUCGCCCGUCUCUUCGGCUGGUGGCGCCUCACCACCGCACAGCAAGACAGGAUCCCUGAGAGGCAUCGAAACAUCACCCAGCCGGAAGCCCUUGGCCAGCCCGGUAUCUACGAAUUUGUCCAUGUCACCAUCCAUACCGGCCAUUGGCCUUCCCGGAGAGAUCAAUGUUGAGACAAUGAGUCAGGCACUUGGAAGAACGGGCUCUGACCUCAACGGGAUGAGGAGCAUCCCAAUCAGCCCCGUGGAGGGAGCGCCGUCGCGCUAGUUGCGCGUGGUGAGGGGCUGCGAGGUUCGCAAUUGUCCUUGUCAAACCUGGCUGAAAGCUGAGAGGGCUGGGACGCUCAGGGGGUCGGCCUUGAAAUCACCGCAAGUCUGAGCAUGAGAAAGGUCUCGGCGAUGACCAUUCAGCAAGGGUUUUGUCCCCAGGCGGGAGGGCCGCGAUUUUGUUCUAUCGAAGAGCCUCUGGUGACAUUUGGCUGUUUCAACCCAGGGAAGACUCGGGGGGGCAAGGGGGGAGCGCUAUUUCAAUUCUUACGGACUUUUGAAAAUCCAAGACAAAAUCCGGCUACUUACGACACCUCAUUACAUCCACGAGGAAAUUUCCGAAUUCGCGACAACAUACCCAUUUACGAACGAUUACCCAUUUGAUUUCGCGCAGUCGUUACAUCCAUUGCACAAGAGGGAAGUUGUUGUGUCAAGGUCGGCGAGGCACUCCUGGCAUCCAGGACUUGGCUUCGUGUGUCUGGCUUCGCGAGGGAGCACGGAGCUGGUGGGAGGUGACACCAUCAAUGAGACUCUUCUUUGCUAUCCUUUGCUGCCGCCUUUUUCCUGAUUUUGAGUAAUUGGCCAUACCUGUUUGUUUUUGCCAAGAGGGAGAAGAUGGUGGGAGGCCAAGGCGGUUGCUUUUGCUUUAACUCAUGUUUUUUCUCUGGAGGAUAGCUGAUUGAUAGGUUACCUAGAAGAUACCUGCAAAUAUGGGGAGGAACCGCGAGGGCAAAUCGAACAUCAAUUUCCCCCGCUAGCUCUACUUGGGCUUAUUUCCUUGAUCUUGACGUUGAGUCGAGUCGAGUCGAGUCGGUGAAGAUGGAUGUGUGCGAUCUGCUGUCGGAGGAGUUCAACCGUGCCGGUCCCUGACCGCCUAUCCGCAUGCUUUCGACCCAUGCAUAUCAGUGAGCUGCCGCUACCAGGCCUUUGCGGCAGCGCGUGGGGCAUAUCUGUACUCCGCAGUACACGUGUGAGCCAGCAAUGGCGCGAGCAUAUAUUGUGGACCACGCGUGGCCUGGCCUAUGUGCCUGGCCUAUGUGCCUGGCCUAUGUGCCUGGCCCGGCCUGGCCGCGAUGUUGGCAUUGCCCGGGACUAGGGGAGACGGUCGGGGGAUCAGGGGCGCUUGGAGAAAAGAGCCGGGUUUUCCAAGCAUGGGACAACCUCCUAUGGGUGGUGGAGGCUCCCGCCUGCAAGGCAGAAGGAUGCUUGCUUCUUGUCGCAACUCGUUUGACUUCAUCUGGCGGUGCUCCUUGCUGCCGGUAUAGUAUAACCUCGUAUGUGGUAGCCUCCUGUGGGCCUAUAGAAUAGCCUCCAAUUUCCUA